GAACCACUGGCCGGACCAGGUAUUCUCGUAAUGACGUCCCUCUACGUGAGAACUUUCGAUGAUCCAACGGACAGGCUGUGCAUGUAAUACAGUGCUGAGUAAAUAUAUGUCAAAACUGAUCAAAAUUUAUCACAGUUAACCUCCGCUCGUGUGUAGUACAGUGUUGUAUUACUAAGCGAAAGAUCCCAAUAAGCUAUGCAGGAAUUUCCGUACGUCUUAUCAGAGUACGAGGAAAUAAAUUCGCUUCUUUACAAGCCCAUCAAUUCUACCCAACGGAUCAAGUACACAUGCUUCAAUGCGUCUCCCAAUUAUAUUGUAUUAGGCUCAACCAGUGGCAGUAUCUACUUGUUUUCAAGGAAGCCAUGUUCUCUUUUGCAAUUAAUACCGUUAUCAGAAGGGGCAGUCUCUCGGGUUCUGAUAUCACCUGAUGAAAAAACGAUUGCACUAGCAACAAUGCGUGGAGUUGUUUGUUUAGUAGCUUUAAAGCCUGUACCGAAACUGAUAGCUGUGUCAGCUGAACACAUAGAUGAACAAGUUAACUGUCUUUGUUGGAACGAUAGUAGCUCUGAAGUGUAUGUUGGAGAUUGGAAUGGUAAAAUUUCAAUUAUGGUGUUGUCCAUUUUUACGGUGAAUGGUAUGUUCCAAACACCAGCUUACACUUUAAUGGAUUUAGAUUCAGCCAUUGUGCAGCUCAGUUUCUCUUCACCAUUAUUAUUAGUGUCAACCAUAACGCGUUGUUAUAUAUGUAACACGGUACAAGAACAUUACAAACAAGUAGGAAACAAAGCGCGCAAUGGGGAAUUUGGUGCUUGCUUUUAUAAAACAUACCUUACAGAGAACAGUAACGCUACAACUGUUCAAAAGGAGGAGAAACUAGUCAAUAAAAAACGUUCUUUUAAUUUCAUUCCCGAGGGAAACAGCAAUGAACAAGUAGAAAAUAUUCCUCAAAUCUUUUGUGCUCGACCAGGCUCUAGACUUUGGGAAGUGUCCGCAAAUGGAGUGGUGAUGAAAACUCAUCAGUUCAAGGAAGCACUAGCUGUUCCACCUAUAACGAUAUGCAAAUCAAAUCUCAAGAAAUCUCUGCAUCAGAAGCAACCGGAUCAAACCUGGACACCGCAGUCCAUCAAUUUCUCACAUUUAUUCGUUAUUGCUAAGAAGUAUUUGUUUUCCUAUACUUCUAGAGGCCUAUAUAUACUUGAUCCCGUGUCUGCCACCGUGGUACUAUGGAACAACGAAUUCCCGAACAUAAGUAUGGCAGAGACUGUGGAGAAUAGGAUAUAUUUAAUGACAUCUGCCGGGGAAUUUCAUUGUUUGACUCUGUCUUUCUUGGACUCCUUAAUAUUAAGACUGUACAAUAAGAAAAGGUAUUACGAAUGUUUAGAAAUAUGUCUUCUGCACAAAGUACAACUGAAGAAGUUAGUAAGUGGCCUGGAAAUCAAUAAAGUAUGCAGUAUGGAGAACAAAUUACAGAUACUUAACGACGACGAGUUGUCAACGCUGUUACAUCCUUUAACAAAUCUCCUAGAAUCGAAUCGUAAGGCGAUCCCAAAAAAAUUGGACUCAGGUAUUGUCGUUGUCAACUCUGGUAAUUCCAUUUUGAACGAAGAGGAAACUUUUAGGCACAAGUCUAUGUCUAACUGCUCCUCGCAAAACUAUGAGGCUUCCGGUAACAUUGAAUCAAGAGAAGAAAAUGAAACGUUAGCUCAACAGUCAGCGGAACGCGCUAAUGAAAUUAAAAGAACUGAAGAUGCCAAUUGCAAUACCGCGCAUGAAAUAGAGAAUGACGAAGCGCCGGAGGCGAAGGAAGAAGUGAAUCCGAGCACAAGUGCAAUGCAAACAAUACAGGGAGACUUAGAAGCUAUAUAUACGUUAGUUGGUAAUAUUAGGCAAUCUAUGACCGAGGGAGAAUUGGAGAAUAUAAUAUCAGACGUAGACUGGAGGAUGAAUGUCAUCAAAGACUUCUACGAAAGUCUAACCGACGUGAAAAGCUUCCUGUACGAAAUAUUGAGGAGCGCAGAAUUGUAUUACUUCAACACUUUGUUAGAAAACAUUUCUAUGCACUUACUUCAAUCGACGGAUAAUAUACAUAUUACAAAGCAAAUAAUGAAAGCUUUUAUUAACAUAAACGCUCAGAAUUAUAGAAGGUGUACCUGUGGUAGCGCGUAUUCAAUAAAUGAAGUAAUAGAACCAAAGUUCCUGGGGGUCGGUAGAUCCCUUCUUAAAAAGUUUAUGAAUGAAAAUAAAGAGCAAUGUGUAAAUUUAUGUAAUAGAGUACCUUAUAUGUGGCGAGAGUAUUUGCCAAUGUACGUGGAGCAGAAUGGUGUACUGAUGAAUGAUUUGCUGCGUCAGUGCCUUCAGAUUAGGGACAACGUUGUACUGUCCAUUAUUUUACCAAUGUUGAAUAGCAAACACUGGAACCUUUUAGCAACAUAUGGAAAGCAAACGCAGGAGGGACAGUGUUUAUUCUGUGGAAAAUAUAUAAAACACGGAAACAAUGAAACGUUAGAAUUAAUAGAAUGGACUGCUGUGAUACACGAGAUUAUGAAAAGGCAGGGACCUGAUUUCGCCAUGGCACUAUUAUUUAAGUUAGAGAAAGCUAUACCAAACGUUUCUAUUGACAAAAGUGUAUUCCAAUCACUCAUAUUUACAAAGAUCUUGUACCAGCAUGGUAUGAAACGUAUCAUUAACUUUACCAAGAGCAGCCUUGAUUCGUCUGAGUAUAAUACAAUGUGUUCUGCAAAGGUUCAAGAUGAAUUGGUGGAGGUACUUGAAAAAGAUUUAGGUAAAACGGUCGCCAAAAACAUUUUCGGUAGCGGGGCUCAUCAUUGGGGAAUGCAUUAUCAAAAUAAGUUUUCUACGUGUCCCUGCUGCACUUUGUCUCUUCAGACACCGGUUUUAUUAGGUAAUAAUGGAAUCGCGAUAUUUAGUUGCGGUCAUGCUUAUCAUGUGAACUGUAUGAUCGAGAAGAAACUUACAACGUGUAAUCUUCAUUCUUAAGUGUGUAUAUAAAUAUAUAUAUAUAUAUAAAUAUCUAACAAAUAAAAAAUCUCAUAAAAAGACAUAUAUAAGCAUAUAGGCAUAUAGUUGGUAACAGUUUUUAAACAAAGAGAAAUUAAACGUUGCUCAUCUAGUCAUGAAGAUACAAAAACUUUUUUAUACGUGAUUUCAUAAAGAAUUUAAACAAUUAGCCUCGUAAGCGUUCAUACAAAUUUAUUGUCUCUAUACAGAUCUUACUCGCAGACAAAUUUCAUUUUUAACAAUGAAAUGAUACAUGAGCUUAAAUAAAUACUCGUGCCCAAGUUGUCUAUUGUGAUAUAAUUAAUCUAUAGUGAUGUAUAAACGAUAUAAAAAUCAUCUUCGCGAGAUACGAUUUUGUCUCGUACAGAACCGAGCAAAUAAUUCUGCGAACCUCGUGUACUUGUUCUAUUAACGAAUAAUAAAUAGGAGUUACAAUUCGAAUAUAAAAGUACAUACACAUUUCUCGAGAUAAAUUAUAACGUUGAUGUUGAAUUUGCUGAUAUUUCUAACUACCGUUGAAAAUCAAAUUAAUUCUAUAUAGUUCAUAGUUAUAAUUUCUGCUAUAUACAUCUUAAAUUUAUUUUAAUAUGGUUUAGAAAAAUAAUAUUUGCGCUCUUUCAUAAUCAUGUACAUAAUUUGUACUUUUUUCCACUACGUAUUUCAAUAUAUUUAAUUAAACAAUGAAUUCUAGUCUCAAUUGAACACUUACCUUAUUUGAUAGUAUCUAUUGCUUAUGUUAACAGAAUUUAUACAGAGUGAGGCAUUUAAUCUGUACUCGUGUCAAAGAAAUCCCUCUAAAGCACACAAUCGAUGCAAACACUCAAUACACAGUAGCAUUGGAUCAUAUUGUUAUAAAAUUCGUAGCGAAAAAUUAUAACACCGAUGUUCCAAUUAAUAGGCUAUAAUAUACAAGUAAAAUACGAUGGAAUAAGUUCUGCAACUUAAUUGAAUGUUCACAUGAUUAUUAGCUAUAACAAGACGAUUCGUUGUUAGCCGUGCGUUCAGGUACUCAGGUAUCCGAGAUAUCAAAAUUACCGUAGAAAAUUAAUAUUACAAAUAGCAAAAGUUGCGAUACAAAUUCACUAAACUAAAAAUUCUCGAAUCGCAAAUAAAAUACAUGGAACCUAGUUUUUCUUCUAUAGACCUAAAACUACAACAAUGUCUUUCUUUCAAAUGCACAUCUAAAUAUUCAGUUCGACUUCGAUUGCCGUAAGUUAAUUGAAUCAAAUUGGUGUCUAUAUUUAUCAUAUAUAUGCUAGUAACCUUGAACGAUCAGAAUUUGUGCCUCUCACUAUAUCCAAAACAAGGGGUGCGGUUUUUAGGGUCACACCUAGCGAAAAAGAGGGAGGAAGUAGCGCAAUGACUCCCAACCUACAUAACCUCGACCCAUAAAAAGUCGCUCAAAUGAUAUGUAUAAACAUCAUUACCUUACUUCGAUAAUCGUUGUUCGAAAUAAAAAUGUUCCAAAAGAAACGAAACACGUUCUAUCUGUUUUUUACAAAUCGAUUCCACUCGUAAUUGAUCGUGACUUUACUCUAAACCGUUGCCUCGUUAUAUACAGCGAGAUAAAAGUAUUCAUGCUCCUUUUUAUUCUUAAUAUUAUUUGCAACGUAACGUCCAGUUAAAAAUUAUUCUACAAAAGUUCAACUCUCGGCGUACACGUCGAUCGAAAGCAAAUUUACACCGUUGCGUAUGAAUACUUUUUCUUUCGUUGUGCAUAUAAUUUAUUAUUUACAAGUGUUCGAAAUGAAAUUUAGUUCUCUCUUUCCGUAUCAGCGGAAAGUAUGAGAUGCCUCAAUCUGCAUAAGGUUUUAGAUAAAAUCUGUAUGUACAGAAACUUACGGUAACGAGCCAAAAUAUUGUCGAAUGUCCGAAAUUACCAUAAAUGAACGCGAAUUCUGUUCGAUUAACAUCUCGUUAGUCACGCAAGGAUUUGCGAAUUUUAAUUGAUUUUACUGGCGAUCGUUGGUCAACGAAACAAACAACAGCCUUUUUCCUUCUGUCGCAUGAUACUUACAUCUAUUACAAAAUCUUACAACUUUGAUUAUGCAUAGCUUUCAGUUGUUGCAAUACAAUGUAACGAACCUAGUCAUAUAAAAUACUAUUAUCUUCUCUCACCGUAUAAAACAAGAUAUUUAAACCUACGUCAAGUAGAAUAUUGCAUGGAAGCUUCACGUGGCCUCACCACUGUAGAGAAAUCAAUUCAAGUUAAUUAUUGCUCUUCAUCGAUUGGUAAAUUGUUCCUUUAAUACGUGAGAAUUCGAUAAAAAAAAGAAAAAGGUUACUUCCUCCGACCGAGGCAGAAACGGCGAAUUUGUUCUCAAAUUCACAUAAAUACAAAGCGACGAAUUUUGAUAUUAUAUGGACACAUGGUAUUCAUAAAAUUAUUGUACGACGAUGCUCAAAUUUCUGUGGAUUCGUAAAAAUCGUUUCGACUGUUUCUGAAUAUCACUGUCGGAUGAAAUUUGAACAUCCGUUGGCUUGACAUUUUCGACAAAUCGCGGAGACUACCGUGUUGACAAUAUAUCGUUGAAAACAAUAUACGAGAUUCAGAUGUUUACAUAUUAAUUUGCGGUUCAUAGAGAAACAUCCACAGCAAGAAGUUACAACUGGUCAACACGUUAGCGAUCCACGCAUUUGAAUCCUGAAACGCAGCUUCGACUCUUUCUCAAGAUUUAUAAUGCAGCUUACACAAUUAAGACAAUCAUAUAUAUCUACAGACUAGACUUGGAAUGACCAAGAGAAGAUUGUAAGAACAAAAUUUUAGCUCGUGUAUCGUCUAUAUAGUCGCAAACAUAUCUAAUGAAAAAUAUUAUACAGAAAAAAGGUGGGUCUAAAGUGACUCAGUUAAAGCUAUAUUCAAUUAGACUUACCCCUCAAAACUCCAUACAUAUUUUCUCCAGGCAAUCUUUCUAUUUCUGACUAAUUGAAUAUGACAAGGCUUAAGAGAAAACUAUAAAACAUGCUAUGUGAGAAAAGAAAGACGAGAACGAAAAUCGUAAAAGUUACUUCGUGAUAAUAUAUGUAUAUAUAUAUGUAAGUAUUCAUACGUUAAAACGCACUAGACACCCAAGAGAAGUCGGUUUCCGACGACGUUCGAAAUAAAUGCAGAGCGUAAUGCAUCGUGACGCUUAACGCGAGUAGAUUAUAGUAAUCGUAACAAUUUGUUUUCCUUAUCGUUAGCAUUUUCCUGUAUCCUUCAGGGGUGAUAGGACGUAAAUACUUUAGAACCAUAUAUAUAUAUAUAUAUAUAAUUACAGUUUUAUCUAAUCUUAGCU